UGGCGGUGAUGCUGUUCGAUUUGGAGUAUACUAUGGUGACAUCCAGUAUCACCCUCAUUUUUGCAUGUCGACUACUUGGAAUGGCGAUUUCCGUCGUUCAAUGCCAAGCGUUGGCAAAUUGCACUUACUCUUGCAACUUUGAGGUUGAGGACGAAUGCCAAUGGAGCCUUCAAGAUGAAGCCAGUGAUGAUAUAACUUUGUCAAGAAAACAAGGCCAUAUAAGAGGAUCUCAGGGAAUCAUUUAUGACGGUCCAUUUGUUGAUCAUACGAAGGGUUUAGUUAUAGGCGUUCUGAAAAACAAAAGUCAAGGACCAGGGGCACUACAAUUCCGUGGAGGAAAGUGUAUUCAUAUAUUUCACGGUGGUCAUACUAAACCAAAUGAUGGACAAAGACUUGUAAUACACCGUGGCUGUAAUGAGGAAAGAUUGAAGUUCGAGUUACGAUCAGACGGAAUAUUGUUACACACUGAGCAUAACAUGUGUGUGAAGCCAAAAGGGCCAUUGAUUGAUGGAGUGGAAUGAGAGGACUUCAUGCUAGCAAUAUCAAGACAGACCUCUGUCUAAAGGUGACUUUGAAAUAAAGUCAAGAAAUUACAGUCUCUACCUUGAAUCAUAUAUUAGCUAACUUUU